AUGCGGAGGGACUGCGCCUUCAGCCUCCGACCUGGAGGCCAGGAGACCGCCUCUGCCCGCGGUCCCGCCCCGCGGCGCCCAGUAUUCCCGGCUGCCCGCGGCGGGGUCCCCGGCCCCCAGCCCGCCAGCCCCGGGCGGGGAUCGCACCCACCUGCGGCGGCGCGGCGCGGCUCUGUCCGGGUCCGGCUGGGUCGUCGCUCGAGGCUGUGCGCCGCCGCGGCCGCCGCGCCUCGGCUCCCGCCGCCCGGCCCUCCCCCGGGCCGCUCCACGUGGCUGCUCCACGUAGCCCUCCCGGCUGCGGCCGCCGCCCUGGCCCGGGCAGAGUUCGGAGCGCCAGCGCCGUGGCCUGGGUCUCCGCCCCGCCCCGCCUGGCCCGCAGACCCCGGCCCUCUGCGGCCCGCACCGGGCGAGGGAGAGCGUCACCGCCCUCGCCACGCCCGCCGCCGGGAGCACGGGCGGUGGGCGGGGCCUGGGUCCCCGAAUCGCCGGGCAGUGCGGGCGGAACCCGCACAGGCUGUCCAAUGGCGUGUAACGGGCGGGGCCCAGCGCGCACCUGCGGGCCCACUAAUCGAAGCUCAGGCGUCAGAGCCGGUCAAGAACUUGGGAGUGGACACUCAGCAACGCGAGAGGCUGAGCUCCUCCCCGGGCCCCCAAGAUGACACCUGGACAGAAUCCUUCUCUCUGCUUUUGGGACUUGGCGCUGCCCUCUACUUGGGCUACUACUGGGCAUGGGUGGCCCCGAGGCCACAACUGGUGACUGGGUCCCAGUUUCUGGCCUUCCUGGAGCGACACUGUCCAGUCACUGUGGAGACUUUCUACCCUACGCUCUGGUGUUGAGGGCGGCUACAAACCAUCUUCAGAGUCUUACUGCAGUCUCCGCCUGUAGCCCCUUACUCAAGGGAUGUUCUCGAAACCCCGGAUAGCGGACAGCUCCUCCUAGACUGGGCCAGCAGCAACAGCAGUCAAUAUCCUGACCCUACCACCCAGCCAUUGUUAUUGCUGCUUCCUGGUAUCACGGGCAGUAGUUAGGAGACAUAUAUCUUGCUAGUUGACCAAGCUUUGGAGGAUGGCUACAGGGCUAUCGUAUUUAAUAACCGGGGCUGCCGUGGGGAAGAACUGCUGACCUACAGGGCCCUCUGUGCCAGCAACACUGAAGAUCUGGAGACAGUCGUGAACCACAUAAAGAGCCGCUACUCCCAAGCUCCACUGCUGGCUGUGGGCAUCUCUCUCGGAGGGUAAAGGCUGCCUCUGAACCACCUGGCUCGAAUGGGACGGGCUGCGGGGUUGGUGGCAGCACUGACUCUACCUGCAUGCUGGCAUACCUCUGAGACCACCUGCUCCCUGGAGACCCCACUGAACUCACUGCUCUUCAGUCAGCACCUCACUGCUGGGCUCUGCCGAGCUGGGAACCGAAACAGAAAGGUGAUGGAAAAGGUGGUGAAUGUAGACUUUGUGCUACAGGCCCACACAAUCCACCACUUUGAUGAGCGCUACACAACCGUGGUCUUCGGAUAUCAAGACUGUGCUGCCUAUUACCGAGCAGCAAGCCCAAGAACCAAGGCAGAUGCCAUCCAGCUCCCUGUGCUCUGCUUCAAUGCAGCUGAUGACCCCUUCUCCCCGGUCCACGCCCUUCCCCUACAGGCUGCCCAACAUUCUCCCCACGUUGCACUGCUCGUCACAGCUCGGGGUGGCCACAUCGGCUUCCCGGAAGGACUGCUUCCCUGGCAGCACUGCUAUGUGAGCCGCCUCAUGCAUCCGUAUGCCAAAGCCAUCUUCCAGCACCCAGCAGAGCUGCUCAGCCUCAGGGCACCCACUCCUCCUGAGGGAGGCAAAAGCUGA